CGAUACUACUGUUGUCCAUUCAGAACAUUGGUCUUAACGAAAUUUACUCCACGCGCUGCUUAAUUCGAAUUUAGCAUCCACUUCCGCCAUCUUCCUGUUCCCUUCAAUCUAGCAAGGAUCUUUCCUGCAGUGGCCAUAUUUGUUGAUGUGUCACCGAAGAUGGUGGAUUAAUGAAAAUAGGACCUUCACGUGGUCAUAGCGGUAGUAUAGUGUUCAAUAGUUCCCUCAGGCAUUUUACAAUUGUCAGUUCGGGUGACUUUCAUUGAACCAGAAAAAAAAACUGGGGGAAAAGGCGAGAGGGGUGUCUCGCUUCCUUUUCCGUCUCUGGUGUCACUGUCACCUCAGCGAGUUGUUAGCGUAACCAGCUGGGCUGGAUCAGCUGUCAAGGGAAGUGUCGAUUUUUUGGUAACAUCUGAACCGUACAACAUGGAUAUAUCAUAUAAGGUGUGGAGCUGAGGAAAACCAUGGAGAAGUCUCACCCAGCCUCUGCCUCAGAUCUGCCCCAGGGGUCAGAGGGCAACUCCCUGCCAAAGGGGUCAUCAGGGGUCAACACGAGCAAAAGGAGUGACACAAAGAUGGAGGAAAACGAGGUCUGUGCAGAAAGGGGGAAUGACGUCGAACAGGAGAGUUUGGAGGGAGAUGGGAUACAACACAAGAAGAAGAAAAAGUGCCAGCAAGAGGGUGGAGAGGAGUCUGUCAAUGUGGACAUUAGCUGUGACAUUGGGACAGCCUCAAUGGAAGAUGCAAGAACUCCCCCUGCUCUUGUAGAUGGGACAACAGAACGUCCCCUCUCGGUCUUGGAUGAGGUAAUGGAAAGCACCAACUCUGUUUCGGAGGUGAUGAUAGAAAGUUUGGCGUCGCUUCAGGACAAGGCAGUGGAAUCUCCACCCGCUACUCUAGAUGGAGUGGGUGACUCCUCAACCUCUAUUCCAGACAGAGGCGCAGAAUCUCCACCAUCUGUUGUCGAUGGUGCCCUCAAAUGCUCCGUGGAAUCCUCCACCACAAAGGCAAACGCCAUCCAAGAUUCAGUGGUCGCCAAUAGCCCAGCCACGCCCUCCACACCCAGCUCUGACAUUGCAGACUCUGGAGUUUCCAGUCCCCAAACGAUGGCCCCCCCGAACACCAACUCUUCGCCCAGCCCCUACGACACGGACUGCAGCCGCAAGCUCAUGACUGAGAUCCAGCGCUCGGUCUCCCAGGAGUCCCUAUUGGAUGAGCUGGAGCAGGAGCUGCUCUCCUGCCAGCUGCCCGAGAGAGGGGGAGGGGGGUGCAAGGGUGGCCCCCAUGUAAAUGGCAUGCAGGCUGACCAGGACGGCUCCACGAUGGUCUUCGAGAAGUGCAUCCAGUACAAGUAUGUGCAGCAGGAAAAGGCUAUCAAAAGGCUGCUGGAUGAAAACAAGAAGCACCAGGAGCUGAUCCUGGGUAUCUGCUCAGAGAAGGACACCAUGAGGGAUGAACUGAAGAGGAGGGUGGAGACUGAGAAAAAGCACAUGGGCACCGUGAAGAAGUUGGAGGGGCGGGUGGAGGAGCUGCUGAGGGAGCUGAAGGAGUCCAGGGACAAACUGGUUUACCAGGACGGUGCCGCCAAGAACGCCCUGCAGCAGAUGCAGAGAGAGACUGCCUACCGGCUGGAGCAGGCGGGGAAGAAGUGUGAGGAGGCACGUCAGGAGAAGGAGGCCAUGGUGAUGAAGUAUGUGCGCGGGGAGAAGGAGGCUCUGGACCUGCGCAGGGACAAGGAGGGGCUGGAAAGGAGGCUGAGGGAGGCCACCAAGGAGGUGGACCGCCAGGCCCUCAGGGGAAACCAGUUAGCCCAGGAGAAAGGCCGGCUGCAGCAGCUCCACGACACCAAGGAGGGAGAGGUGAGCAGGCUGAGUCGGGAGUUGGAGAACGUCAAGGAGGUGAUCAACUCUCAUCUCAUCAAGGUCAAAUGGGCCCAGAACAAGCUGAAGAGUGAGACCGACGCCCAUAAGGAGACUAAAGUUAAGCUACGAGAGACCACGGCCAAACUCACCCAGGCGAAGGAGGAGACGGAGCAGAUCCGCAAGAACUGCCAGGACAUGAUCCGCACAUAUCAGGAGUCAGAGGAGAUCAAGUCGAACGAAUUGGACGCCAAGCUGCGCGAGACCAAAGGCCAACUGGAGAAACACAAACAGGAACAGACAGACCAGCUGGAGAUGCACCAUUCCAAGGCCAAGGAGCUAGAAGACCUGAAGAGGACAUUCAAUGAGGGGAUGGAUGAACUGACCACCAUGCGCGCAAAGGUGAAGUGUCUGGAGGAUGAGAGGCCUCGCUGGGAGGAUGAGCUCUCCAAGUACAGAGAGAUCAUCAACAGGCAGAAGGCUGAGAUCGCGAGACAGAGAGACAAGCUGGGAGAGAUACACGCACUGGAGGAACAGCACCAACGGGACGAGCAUGAGAUGGCCAGUCUACGCGAGGAGGUGGAGAGCGUGAACGUCCAGAUCGGUGACCUCCAGCUGGAUGUGCAAGGCAGCCGGGAGCGGGAGGCCGAGCUCCUGGGCUUCACGGAGAAGCUAAGCAGCAAGAACGCCCAGCUGCAGUCGGAGAGCAAUGGCCUACAGGCCCAGUUGGACCGACUGGGCACCGACUCCAUGGAGCUGCAGGGCCGACUGGAUGAGACGCAGACAGCACUGGCCGACCAGACUGAGCGUCUCCGGAUGGAGGAGGCCCUGCGGCAGGAUGAGGUCCAGGCUCUGCAGGCGGAGAGGGCCACACUGCAGACUGAGAUGGCCCAGCUGAAGACCCGCCUGGAGGAGCAGAGGGACGAGCUGCAUACCCAGAAGAGGAAACAGGCGGGCAACAUCAAGGACCUGACCAAGCAGCUAACACAAGCCCAUAAAAGGCUGGAGCAGGUGGAGAAUGGUGGCUGUGACCGGGACGUCAGCAGCAUGGGAAGUCGCUCCAGCUCCUCAGGCUCCCUGAAUGUGCGGCACGGCGGCAGCAGCGUGGAGGAGCGCUCACCGGAGAACCAGUCGGGGCCGACGGUGGUGGACAGCUACCCCGAGGUGGACAAGGCCGCGCUUGUGGAGCGUAUCGUGCGUCUGCAGAAGUCCCACGCCCGCAAACAGGAGAAGAUAGAGUUCAUGGAGGACCACAUCAAGCAGCUGGUGGAGGAGAUCCGCAAGAAGACAAAGAUCAUCCAGAGCUAUGUGCUGAGAGAGGAGUCGGGCGCCCUCUCUUCAGAGGCCUCAGACUUUAACAAAGCUCAGUUUGGCAGGCGGGGCGGCAUCAUGGCCUCCCUGUACACCUCCCACCCGGCUGACAGUGGCCUGACCCUUGACCUCUCACUGGAGAUCAACAGGAAGCUGCAGGCCGUGCUGGAGGACACGCUGCUCAAGAACAUCACACUCAAGGAGAAUCUUCAGACAUUAGGGGCGGAGAUUGAGCGACUAAUCAAACAGCAACGAUAGCUGGAGGACAUUGCUCAGAGGAAGUGACGCAUUGUAGACAACAGUGUCUGAAGGAAAUUAUAGAGGACCAAGUGAAGAGGGAAUGUUGAAGACCCCACCAACUAUCUUGUGCCACAUCAAGAAUUUAACUGAGACACACACAUGCGAACACAAUUUGAAUGUUAAAUAGGAGCAAUUUGAAUGUUAAAUACCAGUCGCCUGUUCUCAUUUUGAAGACACCCAUGUUCUCAACUCUUCUCCCCAAUGGGAUGAGUACUCAGAUCCUCUCACCAAUGGAUUAUCCUACUAUCCCCCCCCCCCCAAUAAUCUAAUGCACUUUCCUGGGAUGCCAAGGAGAGCCUUAUUUAUGAAUGAAUUGAAAGGAUUAUGUUGGUUAGCAUUUUCUGAAGCCAGCUGCUAAUGCAGGUCCGUGUACAUGCCAAUCCUUAUUACUCUCCCAAAAAAGUGUUUGUGCCAAUUUGCUGAAUGUAUUUUUGAAUUACCGCUGUGACCCCUAACGCUUACAGUAGUACGUACUCUCACUGUGAACCAGAAACUAAAGACUACAACUGCACUCAACGCGCAACCCUUCAAAAGUUUGUCCACCAGGUCCCCUUUCCUUUCUCUCACCGUAGCCCUACAAAGCACUUAUGGCAACAUUUUUAGUUGAGAUGAUCAUUCAUAACAAAAAUUUCUAUGCAUAUCUCCCAUUGACAUCAAAUGUUUGAUUUAUGACAAAGUAUCUGGAGUCAGGAUUUGCCAGUUGGCCUACAUUCUGCAAACAUCAAUGUCAUAGACGAACUCCUGGCUUGACCCCAAAUGUCCUACUAUGAAGUUGUAUAAAUUGAAGAAAAUUACAAAUAAUGAGUUCAGCUGGAGAAUCUAGGGCUGGUCUUUAGUCGGUAAUUUAAUGUGAUUUAUUUAUUUCUGUCGGUUUUGAAUGGCAUUUAAUGAAAUCCGAAUGUUCUUUUCUGGAGUUUAAAAUCAAGUCCAUUGCUCUCUCUCCUUUCUGUUCUUCAUUUUGUCCAUUCACUGAAGGAAAUAUUUUAUAUUAUUAUUUUCUGUUCAAUUGUUUGUUUCCAUCCUUUCUCACACACUCCCUUGUUUUUACUCUCAUUAAUUUGUCGGACGAAGCAUCUUUUUGCACCCUUUUAACUUGGCAAACCGAAAACGAAGGAUACACAACCUGGCUCUCUACUCCGCAACAGUGCGUAGAGAACAUGCAGCAUGGGCAAAUGAGUAAAUCAAUUUUUCAGGAGCAGCUUGAGAGACUAUUCAAGAAGGAAUUCAUCGGAAUAAAUACAUUAACAUAAUGAAAUGGCUCGCGGAUUGAGUUACCCAAAUACCCCAGAAGCAGAGCUAUAUACACUAUGGGUCAAACAGUUUAUCAUUGAUCAGCAAACUGUUGAUAUGGCUUAAAGAUUAACGUCGUAGAGGGUAUCUUCAACCAAUGAAGACCAAUCAAUGAUUUUUGUAACUUGUCAUGUUACGAAGGCCACAAUUAAUGUGAAUUUGACACAGCAAAAUAAUUUGACUGAAUCGUUUCAUUCCUGUUCAUUUGAUUGUCAAAUGAACAACAUACUAGAUAUCUUGGUAAGACAAAUGUAGUGACUAUGUGGAUAAUCUGGUUCACUUAUGGUUAAACAAAUGUGUCCUCCACGACAACAAAAACAUUGGAAGCAUAACUCUAGUACCCAUUUCACACUACUGAGCCAUGCACUGGCCUGGUUCCACAUCUACCAUAGUUGCUGUAACCUUUACUUUAAACGUGCUGGAAAGUACAAUUGGAAAUGUGAAAAGGGUCAAACACUCCCCCAUGUAUGGUCCAACCUAGGCCUACAUUCUCACAACAUGAAAACAUUGGAGCAAUGUUAAAUGAAUAUGAUAUUUGCCUGGGAGACCAGUCCACAAAGAGAGAUUGUGGCAAAUUCGUCUCCCGUCACAGUGAAAUUAGCAAUAUGAAGAGAUGUGUUGCGAGUGUAAAAUUGUGACUGACUAAAGCGAGAUGUUGGUAUUUUCGGUUGAUUCUCUUGGUAGUCGAUGUGCUCUGUUUGAUUGAAUAUUCAAACUGUGAUUAUUAUACAUUUGUAGAUACGAUCUUCUGUAAAAUGGUCAAAUGUUUUUAAAAUAAUGAUUCUGGAUCCAUUAUGUAUAUAUGGUGUUUACAGGGAAUAAAAGAGAUGAAUCUC